AUGAAUCUGCUGUACUUCUUCAUCCUGCUGGCUGUGUACAGGCCUGCACAUGGCACCUGGGACACCUGCCGAGGGACCUGUGGGCAACGGCCCAUGGCUUCUGACUACGACUCCAUAGCUGCUGACUACAGAAUCAUGGCUGGCACAGGUGCCCAGCCGGGUGCUUGGCCCUGGAUUGUCAGCAUCCAGGAUCCCAGGAAAAUAGGCACUGGCCAUACAUGUGGAGGGUCCCUCAUCAGCCCACAGUGGGUCCUCACAGCAGCCCACUGCUUCCUCCAGGCCAGGAACGUCACCAUGUGGCGUGUGCUGAUCGGAGCCACCCAGCUGACCCAUCUGGGCCCCGAGGCCCAGGUGCGCCACGUCAAGCGGCUCCUGGCUCACCAGCACUACACGGCUGAUUCGCAGCAGAACGACAUCGCCUUGCUGGAGCUGGACGAGCCCGUGGAGUGCAGUGACUACAUCCAGCUUGCCUGUGUGCCCAACGCCUCCCUCACAGUGUCAGAGCUGAAAACCUGCUACAUUGCUGGCUGGGGUUCUGCCAGUGCUAAAGCCCAGCAGGUGAGUGAUGUCCUGCAGGAAGCCAAGGUCCGUCUCCUGGAUGUCCAUCUCGUUAACAGCAGCCGCUGGUACGCUGGGGCCAUCCACACCCACAACCUGUGUGCUGGCUACCCACGGGGUGGCAUGGAUACCUGCCAGGGUGACAGUGGAGGGCCUCUGGUCUGCAAAGAUAACAGUGACAGCCACUUCUGGCUUGUUGGAGUGACCAGCUGGGGAAAAGGCUGUGCCAGAGCAAAACGGCCAGGAGUCUACACUUCCACUCAGCACUUCUACAACUGGAUUCUGGUCCAGAUGGGCCUGUGCCCAGCUGUAAAAGCCACUCCAGCACCAGAGUCAACCUGCAUCUCAACCCCUUUGGAGCAGCCAGAGCCAACACCAACACACUCAGGCUUCUCUACUCCCACUCCACAUCCACAGACAACUGUAACAGCCACUCCAACACCACAGCCAACCUUCAGCUCAACCCCCUCUAAGCAGCCAGAGCCAACACCAACAGAGUCAGGCUGCUCUACACCCACUCUUCACCCAACUGUGAAAGCCACACCAGCGCCAGAGCCAGCCUUGACCUCAACCCCCUCUGAGCAGCCAAUGCCAACGCAAUAUCUCUUGCCUGCUCAACGACCAUACCAGGUACUGGUGGAAUUCUUAACUCAGGUGCACCAGAUGCUGCAGGAACUCAUGGGAAAAAAGCCAUGAGCAGCAGGAUGAACAGGAUCCAGAGCAGGCUGCAGUGGACAGUGACCAUUUCAUACUGGGUCAGUGCCUGCUGAUCCAAAGGCAAUCUCAGGGUCAAAGGUGUCCUUUGUCCUGCCCAUUGUCCUCCUCUGCAUGAACACAAAUGCUGAAAUUGAUUUAGUUGUGGAAAUAAAGUUGCCUAUUAACUAAGUUGCCUGUAACACUGUUAGCAUGUGUUAGCAGUCCAGUUCAGUCUCCUGUGCAAGGCAAGGAGUCCCAAGCCAGGCACCAGCAAAACGAAGCCGUGAUGGGAGAAGGGAACACAGGUCAUGGGGGGCUACAGCUCUUGAGGACAGUUGGGAACACUGUUUUAUGCUACUCAUUAGUGGGAUCCCUAGGUGUGGGACUUGAAAAUGGACUCUUUCAUGACUCAGGAGACACCAUCCUAGAAAGACUCAAGGCUGAAGAUUGGCCAGAUACAGGCUGAGGAGGAGUUCCACAGCAGGAGUUCCACAGCCAGGAGCAAGGAGUUCUGAGCAGUGGGGAGACAGAAGAGCACUGUGGCACCUCCCAUAUUGUGAUCCAUCCUGAACUGUCUGCAGCUUCCCUGCAGAGACUGCUGGCACUGACUCCACAUCUCUCAAACACAUAAUGAAUAUUUUGGCAGAGUGCCUCAAUGUUUCCCUACACUGAGCAUCUUUACCACUUUCUCUGAAGAAGCCACAUCUCCAUGCUAAGGCUGGAGAGCAAACGCUGGGUUAUCUUCCAGGUAAAUUUAAAAUAUACCAGCAUCUCCUCAGUGUCGAGUGUUUUCAGAGUUUUCUUCUCUUCAUUCUGCUUCUGAGGCUGUACAUGCAAGGCUGAGAUCUCUGUCACCCUGAGAAGGUCCAUGUGCCAUUUCAAAAGCACUGUACAGCACCAUCUGUUCAAGAGCCAAGCAGCUCCCCAAAGCAGAGCAGAGAAAGUCAGGCAAGAAAGGGGCAGGCAAGUCACACUGGGGGAUGCAUAGGCAAGGCAAGGCAAGGGUGGUCAGGCAGGGCAAGGCAAGGAAAGAGAAGGGAGGGGUAGGCAAGGCAAGGGAGGUUAAGGCAAAGGUAGGCAAGGGAACUGUAUGCAAGGCAGGCGAAGCACGGGUAGGGAAGGCAAGACAAAGAAAAUUUUAUCUGGAAACAAAAGAGAAGGAAACACUUGCUGUGUUUCACAUUCACAUUGAAGGAUUUCAGCAACACCAUGCAAAAGAGCUGUGAGCUUUCCUUUCAAUGUA